ACACACACUAUUCACCAGUUGGUGGCGGCAAUGCGCUUUGUUUACCAGCCACCAGUAAAAACCAGAAGAAGAAGAAGAAGAAGGAACAGAGGAGGAAGAAGAAGAACAAGAAGAAAAACACGAAUAAGCUGAAAAUAGAGGUGUGGAGACAGCAGUUCAGACGGUGACAGGAUUUCGGAAACAGAUUUUAAAAGCACAACAUCAUGGAGGCUGGUUUCUACCAUAAGGAUCUGCUGAACGGAUUCGAUGUUAAGCAGAUGUUGGUGGUUAAAGAAGAAGCUCCUGAAGACCACACACCUGUUGCUGAGUUGCAUGACCCAAAGCCGCAGCAGAUAAAGGAGGAAGAAGAGGAAGUCUGCAUCAUUCUGGGGACAGAGCUGCUCAAUGCAAAGGAGGAAACUGAUGUUACUCCUAUAAAGAGUGAGGAUGACAAAGAGUCCAUUCUGCUCUCACAACUUUAUCAAGACCACAUUAAAAAAAGAGAGCUUUCAGAAGAGGUAGAAGAUUGCGAAGAGGAUUUCAUUUCUGUAGUCAUUAAGGAUGACGAAGAGGACAGUGAUGUAAAUUACUCAGCCUCUGAGCUUGAACACUCGUCAGACUCUGGACAGAAAACUGAGGAUGAGGACAGUGACUGGAAGGAGAGAAGAGCUCUUGAGUCAGACGGAAACAUUAACAACCCCUGUAACUCCUCUGAGUUUACUGAAGAAUCUGUUCACUGUUGCCCUGUUCAGGGAGACAUGACACAUUCAGAAAUGGGAUCUUCAAGCUCGCUGCAUAAUGAAUGUUUUACAGAGAAGAAAAAUGUGGACUCAGGAAGGAAAGUCCAGACAGGAAUGAAGUUUAGCUGUGAAGACUGUGGUAAAACGCUCAGUGGAAAAUACACUUUAAACACACACAAGACAAUCCACACAGGACAGAAAGCUUUCUGUUGUGAUGUUUGUGGACGAAGAUUUGGUGAUAAAUCAGGUUUAAAAAGACACAAGAUAAUCCAUACAGGAGCUAAACCUUUCUGUUGUGACAUUUGUGGACAAAGAUUUGGUUAUAAAUCAAGCAUAAACACACACAUGAUAACCCACACAGGGCAGAAACCUUUCAGUUGUGAUAUUUGUGGACAGAGAUUUAGCCAAAAAGGAAGCUUAAACACACACGUGAGCAGCCACACUGGACAGAAACAUUUCUGCUGUGAUCUCUGUGGACAAAGAUUUAACCGUAAAUCAAGUUUAAAUACACACAUGAGAACCCACACAGGCCAGAAACCAUUUUGUUGUGAUAUUUGUGGACAACGAUUUAGCCAAAAAUCCACUCUAACUACCCAUGCGAGAAUCCACACAGGACAGAAACCUUUCUGUUGUGAUGUCUGUGGACGAAGAUUUGGUGAUAAAUCAAGUCUAAACAGACACAAGAUAAUCCACACUGGACAACAACCUUUCUGUUGUGUUAUCUGUGGACGGAAAUUUGGUAAUAAAUCAAGUUUAAACAGACACAUGAGAAUCCACUCUGGAGGGGAAAUUAUUUAACACUGAAUAUUUGAACAACACUGCUAUGGAUGACUGUGAAAUAGUUGCACGUUGUUAUUAACAACAACAAUCUUCACUUUUUUCUCUUGUGGUUAUGUUUGCAUUUCAACCUUAAAGCCAUUUAUAUAAGUUACUAAGUUGCUUCCUUGUACAUUUGAUAGUUUGUUUGCCAGGCAUGUUUUAUUCAAACUAUUUUUAUCUAUUGUUCAGGUUGUGCUCUCACUGCAUGUAAAUAGGUUUGUUGUUUGAGAACGAGAAUCAAAGCACUAAGUUGACCAUGAACUCCUCUGUAUACCACAGUUUACUUGAGUUAAGAUAAAGUCAGCUAAUCCUUGGACUAAAGUGAAUCAUGAGGAAAAUGAUCCCCAACAUAGCAGCAUAUUUAGAUAUAUCAUCCAAUUCCUACUUAAAAAGGUAACCGCUUCUAAUUAUGACUUUUACAUCCUCAGCUUGUUUGUGUUACAACUAAGUUUGAGAUGAUUUUCAUGUGUGAUUAAGUCUGUAUAUUUGUUUGUCGUAUUGAUUUUGAUUAAAUAUUUCUGAGCUGAA